ACGAAAGCUCUAUGGUUCAAAACAUAUGCUGCAGGUUGCAUGAAGCAUACUGUUUCAUGCUGUUUAAAUCAUGUUACAUUCCCUAUUUCUGUACUUGUUUAGCCUAUGACCCUUCUAUAUACAAGUAGAGAGAAGAGAACACAGAGAGCGAAACAGAGACAGCUUUAUCUGUUUACAACCAGAAUUCAAAUCCGUGUUGAGCUCUCAGUGGAAAUGAGUAAUUUAACAAUGAUUCCAAAGCCUGACUGAGGAGAUUAGGAGAGCAGAGACCGAGGAAGAGUGAGAGGUCAGAUCCCUUGCGGUUCCUUUGAGCAAUGGACCCGAGGUUAUAUGAGGCCUGCAGAACUGGCAAUUUAGCUGCUCUCCGAGACCUAAUUAACCAAGACAUGUCCAUCUUGCAUGAAGUUGUGCGGGGCACCGGAGACACUCCCUUGCACGUUGCUGCGAGAUUCGGAGAUCCCAUCCUUGCGAGGGAGGUCCUCCAGCAUAGACCGGACAUGGCUCAUGCUAUCAACCUUCAAGGACUCUCUCCCAUGCAUCUGGCAGUAGCGAACAGGCACCUCGAUGCGUACAGAGUGCUUCUCGAUGCCGAUCACAGCAACCUUUGCUUCCUCAGGGACAGAGAUGGAAGGACCCCUCUCCAUUAUGCGGCCAUGAAUGGGGACUUCAUCGCAUUGUCAUUGAUAUUGUCGCGUUCUCCCAGAUCUGCUGAAACUUUGACAGAUAGGGGUGAGACGGUUUUGCUUCUAUGUGCUAAAUAUCAUCGCUUCGAGACUUUGAGAGACAUUCUCAGGACUCCGGCGUUUAGAAAUCUUACUGAUCUGAUUAAUCAACCUGAUAACAAUGGAAACACCGUCAAGAAAUUGGUAAACGUUGCCAGAAGACCUGAGCUCGCGGAGUAUCUCCAACAACAAGAUGAAGACGAGAAAAAGCAUUGGAUUGAUUUCUUGAAGAUAUCUAGGAAUGCCACUUCAGUGGUGGCUGGUCUGAUAGCCACAGCAGCCUUCAAUGCAGGACUCAGCCCUCCUAGUCGUGACAAAAGUGACGGACAAGCUGCAAUCGUUGCCAGCAGGGUGCAUACCGCAGCAUUCAAGGUGUUUGUGAUUGCCAAUGCCAUGGCACUGAUGCUAUCACUCAGCAUUCUCGUCAUCGACAUUGUCAUCGUACCAUUCGUUCCCGCGUCGUUCUUGGAGCUAGCAAAGUGGACCAGACGAAUAUUAUGGGGCUCUUUGGCAAUGCUGCUGGUGGCUUUCAUGUCUGCAACCCGUGUUGUAAUACCACACACCGGAGCACAUAGUUGGCUGGUGUGGUACAUUUGGUCACUUGGGGUGCUCACAGUUCUCUUGCUACUCGUCUUAGUGUGCGUGAUGAAGAUUUUCUAUUCCGGUGCAUUGCCCCAGGAAAACGGUGCUAGAAUCCCUGAGGAAAACAGAGAUAGAAUCGCGCAAGAAAACGGUGCUAGGAUCCCGGAGGAAAACAGAGCUAGAAUUCCCCCGCGUCCAUGGGCUGUUGUUGCCGACGUUAACGUGCGAUGAAGAUUUUCUAUUCCAGUGCAUUGCCCCUGGAAAACGGUGCUAGAAUCCCGGAAGAAAACAGAGCUAGAAUCCCAGAGGAAAACAGAGACGUUCCCCAGCAUGGAAUGGCUGUUAUUUCCGCCAUUACCGCCACAAGUCAUGAACCAGGGCAUUGUUGAGUCCCGCAGUGGAAAAAUUGACACUCACGAGUGCCUUGUGCACAAUUCGAAACACACGAAUAAUACCACGUACAAAUCAGGAAACAUCCAUGCACCAAAUUUAGAGAGAGAAAAUAAAAUUUUUAAUUCGGACUUGUUUUCUA